CCUGAUGACAUGCGGUGGGUAUAAAUACUUCUUAGCUGCUAGUGUGAUCAUAACUUUGCAGUGAGUUGAAGACUGAGGUUUCCCUGGCCCCAGGUAAUUCAGCAUCACCACUCUGAGACCUCUCAACCACCUUUGGGAGGAGCACGGGGCAGUCAGACUUGGCUCGGAGGCUGUCCAGCUGCGUGCUUGUCUGUCCCCUGUGGAGGCAGGGGAGCCAGCGCUCAGCCCCACAGCGAAUAACCUCUGAGUUUAAGUCCAGAUAAGUGACCUGUUGCAAAGUCACAGAGAUGGCCUGUCCCUGGAAGUUCCUGUUCAAGGCCAAAUCCUACCAGUAUGACAUGACUGAGAAAACGGACAUCAACAACAAUGUGGGAAAGGCCACCCAGGCUCCCUCCAGUCCAGUGACACAGGAUGACCCCAAGUGUCACAGCCUCAGCAAGCACCAGAAUGAGUGCCCCCAGUGUCUCUCGGGGACCACAAAGGCAUCUCCAGAAUCCCUGGUCAAGCUGGAUGUGCCCCCAUCGACUGGCCCACAGCAUGUGAGGAUCAAAAACUGGCACAAUGGGAUGACUUUCCAAGACACUCUUUACCACAAGGCCAAGAGGGACAUCCAUUGCAAGACCAAGUCUUGCCUGGGAGCCAUCAUGAACCCCAGAAGCAUGACCAGAGGACCCAGGGAUAAGCCUACUCCUCCAGAUGAGCUUCUACCUCAAGCUAUCGAAUUUGUCAACCAGUAUUACAGCUCCUUCAAAGAAGCAAAAAUAGAGGAACAUCUGGCCAGGCUGGAGGCAGUAACAAAGGAGAUAGAAACAACAGGAACCUACCAGCUGACGGGAGAUGAGCUCAUCUUUGCCGCCAAGCAGGCCUGGCGCAAUGCCCCCCGCUGCAUUGGGAGGAUCCAGUGGUCCAACCUGCAGGUCUUCGAUGCCCGGAGCUGUUCCACUGCCCAGGAAAUGUUUGAGCACAUCUGCAGGCACCUGCGGUACGCUACCAACAGCGGCAACAUCAGGUCGGCUAUCACAGUGUUCCCCCAGCGGAGUGAUGGGAAACACGACUUCCGGGUCUGGAAUGCUCAGCUUAUCCGGUAUGCUGGCUACCAGAUGCCUGACGGCACCAUCAGAGGGGACCCUGCCUCGGUGGAGUUCACCCAGCUGUGCAUCGACCUGGGUUGGAAGCCCAAGUAUGGUCGCUUUGAUGUGGUGCCUCUGGUCCUUCAGGCUGAUGGCCGUGACCCUGAGCUCUUCGAGAUCCCACCUGACCUCGUGCUUGAGGUGCCCAUGGACCAUCCCAAGUACGAGUGGUUCCAGGAGCUGGAGCUGAAGUGGUAUGCCCUGCCUGCCGUGGCCAACAUGCUGCUCGAGGCGGGUGGCCUUGAGUUUCCAGGGUGCCCCUUCAAUGGCUGGUACAUGGGCACGGAGAUCGGGGUCCGGGACUUCUGUGAUGUCCAGCGCUACAACAUCUUGGAGGAAGUGGGUAGAAGGAUGGGCCUGGACACGUACAAACUGGCGUCACUCUGGAAAGACCGGGCUGUCAUUGAGAUUAAUGUCGCUGUGCUUCACAGUUUUCAGAAGCAAAAUGUGACCAUCAUGGACCACCACUCAGCCGCAGAGUCCUUCAUGAAGUACAUGCAGAAUGAGUACCGGUCCCGGGGGGGCUGCCCAGCUGACUGGGUUUGGCUGGUCCCCCCGAUUUCUGGCAGCAUCACCCCUGUGUUCCAUCAGGAGAUGUUAAACUAUGUCCUGUCCCCUUUCUAUUACUACCAGGUGGAGGCCUGGAAAACCCACAUCUGGAAGGAUGAGAAGCUGAGACCCUGGAAAAGAGAGAUUCAAUUCAAAGUCUUGGUUAAAGCCGUGCUUUUCACCUCAGUGCUGAUGCGCAAGACCAUGGCGUCCCGAGUGAGAGCCACCAUCCUCUUUGCCACCGAGACGGGAAAAUCAGAAACCCUGGCCCGGGACCUAGGGAACCUGUUCAGCUGCGCCUUCAACCCCAAGGUUCUCUGCAUGGAUGAGUACAGGCUGAGCAACCUGGAGGAGGAGCAGCUUCUGCUCGUGGUGACCAGCACGUUUGGGAAUGGAGACUCCCCCGGCAAUGGCGAGAAACUGAAGAAAUCCCUCUUCGUGCUGAAGGAGCUCACUAACAAGUUCAGGUAUGCUGUGUUUGGGCUCGGCUCCAGCAUGUACCCUCAGUUCUGCGCCUUUGCUCAUGACAUUGACCAGAAGCUGUCCCAGCUGGGUGCCUCCCAGCUCACCCUGACAGGGGAAGGGGAUGAGCUCAGUGGGCAGGAGGAGGCCUUCCGCAGCUGGGCUGUGCAAACCUUCAAGGCAGCCUGUGAGACGUUCAGUGUCCAAGGCAGACACUGCAUCCAGAUCCCCAAGCUCUACACCUCCGAUGUGACCUGGGACCCGCACCACUACAGGCUCGUGCAGGACUCACAGCCUUUGGACCUCAACAAAGCCCUCGGCAGCAUGCAUGCCAAGACGGUGUUCACCUUGAGGCUCAAGUCGAGGCAGAAUCUACAGAGUCCAAAAUCCAGCCGUACCACCCUCCUGGUGAAACUCUCCUGUGAGGGCAGCCAAGGUCUGAGCUACCUGCCUGGAGAGCACCUCGGGGUUUUCCCAGGCAACCAGCCGGCCCUGGUCCAAGCCGUCCUGGGGAGAGUGCUGGAUGGCCCUGCACCCCACCAACCUGUGCGCCUGGAGACCCUGGGCGAGAACGGCAGAUACUGGGUGGGGGACAAGCGGCUGCCCCCCUGCUCACUCAGCCAGGCCCUCACCUACUUCCUGGACAUCACCACCCCGCCAACCCAGCUGCUGCUCCGAAAGCUGGCCCAGCUGGCCACCGAGGAGGCGGAGAAGCAGAGGCUGGAGACCCUGUGCCAGCCCUCGGAGUACAGCCGGUGGAAGCUCAGCGACAGCCCCACGUUCCCGGAGCUGCUGGAGCAGUUCCCGUCCCUGCAGGUGCCUGCCAGCUUCCUGCUCUCGCAGCUCCCGCUCCUGCGGCCCCGGUACUACUCCAUCAGCUCCUCCAGGGACCGCACGCCGUCGGAGGUGCACCUCACCGUGGCUGUGCUCGUGUACCGCACCCGAGAUGGCCAGGGUCCCCUGCACCAUGGUGUCUGCAGCACUUGGCUCAACAACCUGAAGCCCCAAGACCCAGUGCCCUGCUUUGUGCGAAGUGCCAAUGGCUUCCAGCUCCCGGAAGACCCCUCCCAUCCUUGCAUCCUCAUCGGGCCAGGCACGGGCAUCGCCCCCUUCCGCAGCUUCUGGCAGCAGCGACUCCAUGAUGUCCAGCACAAAGGGCUUCAGGGCAGCCGCCUGACGCUGGUGUUUGGGUGCCGCCGCCCGGAUGAGGACCACAUCUAUAAGGAGGAGAUGUUGGAGAUGGCCCGGAAUGGGGUGCUGCAUGAGGUGCACACAGCCUAUUCUCGCCUGCCUGGCCAGCCCAAGGUGUAUGUUCAGGACAUCCUGAGGCAGCAGCUGGCCAGUGAGGUGCUCCACGUGCUCCACGAGGAGCAAGGCCACCUCUACGUCUGUGGGGAUGUGCGUAUGGCCCGGGAUGUGGCCCAAACCCUGAAGCAGCUGGUGGCUGCAAAGCUGAGCCUGAGUGAGGAGCAGGUCGAGGACUAUUUCUUCCAGCUUAAGAGCCAGAAGCGCUACCAUGAAGACAUCUUUGGUGCUGUAUUUCCCUAUGAGGUGAAAAAGGGUGGGGCAUCCCAGUGAGCCCAGAGCUCCAACAGCCCACAGGAAAAGUUGAAGCUGCUGCCACGGAAUUUAAUGAUGGAGUCAACUUUCGAUUAUCUGAAGCCCCCAGGGCCAGAGGAGAUGGAGGGGAACUAUAUCCCCAAGCCUCUCAUCUAAUUUCCCUAUCUCUUCCUCUCACCUCAACCCUUUACUCAGUCUGCUACCAAGCAGCAGCCCAGACUGAAUGGAACUCUUGUGCCCCUUGAGCCCACCCUCCCCAAAUAAUAGAGAGUUGGGACCUCCCUGAUCCCUUGAAGACUAAACCUGCGAUGCCAGGCCUGGCCCCUGGUGAACCUUCUUCUGAUCGCACCACUUUGAGCAGCCAACAGGGGGCGCUGUCGCAUCACCCUGUAUUUAGUG